GCUGCAGGGACAGCUCCCAGCACCAUGCAGCUGACGCUCUGCAGGCUCCGCACACACCAGUGGUGCUUCAUCCUCUGCAAUGUGCUGCUCUUCCACCUGCUGCUCUUCGGGGCAGAUUUACUGGAGCAAUACUUCCUGCAGUCCCUGCCCCUCUCCUACACCGAUGCAAAGGCUCUGGAGAUCAGGGACAGGGCCAGGAAGCUGGAUCUGGAUCCUCUGAAGGCCAACCUCUCUUCCAGCAGCAGCAGUGCAGUGACUUGCUCCAGCCAGGAGAUAUUCCUGCUCAUUGUUGUGUGCAGCAGCCCGGAGAACAGGACGAGGCGCGAUGCCAUCAGGCAGACCUGGGGCAACGCCACGGCCUCCAGGGGCUGCAGUGUGCUCACUGUGUUUGCUGUAGGGAAGGCAGCCUCAGCAAGCACCCAGCUGGAGAUCCAGGAGGAGGCCCAAAGGCACAGAGACAUCAUUGAAGGCACUUUCAUCGACUCCCCCCAGACACAGACACAGAAGAUGCUGAUGAGCGUGGAGUGGACGGUGAUUUUCUGUCCCCGUGCCAGGUUCAUCCUUCUCACAGCCCAGGACGUGUUUGUGGGUGUUCCCAGCCUGGCUGGCUACCUGCAGAGCUUAACCCAGCAGGAGGACAUCUACCUGGGCAGGGUGGUUCACCAUGCAGUGCCCGACAGGGACCCCCAGAGCCCCGGCUUUGUCCCCAUCCAUCUGUACCCCCAGCAGUUGUACCCGGAUUUCUGCCACGGCAGCGCUUUCCUCCUGUCCCAGGACGUGGCCCGCAAGGUUUUGGUGGCUGCCAGGGAGGUGCCCCUGGCACUGCCCCCCGCUGCCUUUGUAGGGGUCUGUGCCAAGAGAGCUGGCAUCAGUGCCAGGCACAGCUCCCGCUUCGCUGGGGACAAGCACAUCAGCUACAACCCCUGCUGCUAUAAAUUCAUUUUCACCUCUUCUGCCAUGAGAGAGGACGAGCUAUUUACGGACUGGAAGGAAACGAGCGAUGGGGAGGAUUGCUCCCUACUGGAAACCUACUACAGCCUGGUGUCCUGCAAGGUUCUGACCUACAUUGAUAACUUCAAACAGUUCAGCUUGGACAGGAUAAAAAACGAGCUCCUUCAUUUUGUCAAUUAA